UCAAAAUACAAUCUCUCUCUCUCUCUCUCUCUCUCGCAAACAUAUCCCAUUUUAAUGGCUGAUCGAUUUCGGAUUUGUCUUCUGCAACUCUACUUGUCUUGAGAAAGAAGGUUAGCUCCUUCUCUCUCUCUCUCUCUCUCUGUUUCGCUCUCCAGCCUAUAAUCAAGUCGGUUUUUUGUUCCCGCUCAGCACCGGCUUCUCUCAUACUAACCAAUCUCUUUAAAGCAUCAUUAACAGCCGAGCAUUAAAAAAGAACUGAAAACAACUAUUGUUCUUCGCUUUUGUCUCUGGGUGCAUGUGAAGACUGACAGAUUCUCACUCCUCCUCUUCUUCUACUUCUAUUCCUUUUCGCUUGUCUUCCGAGGGAAGAGUCUUCAUCGGUCGGUGUCGAAUCGAUCAAUGGCGGCCUCUUCAUCAAGGGGACGGAGCAGCUCUCCUUUCGGUUACCGGAAACCGUCAAGUCCUUACUCCUCCUCGUCUUCGUCGUCGUCGCUCAUGAACGGUAGAUUCAUCCCUCGCUCGUGCUCUUCUUCGGCCUCGUCGUUCUACGGUUCUGGCAAUGGUUACACAACCAGAUCCAUGACGCCCACUCGUGGCCGUAGUGAUUCAAUGUACCUUGGCUCCAAGGGCUACGGAAGUCGUGCUCCUGUCAGUUAUGCUCCGGCAGAGGAGCUCAUUGGAGAGCCGGUUGUUACGUCGAGAUCAGGCGAUAGUAUUUCGGUUACUGUUCGGUUUAGGCCGCUGAGUGAGCGGGAAAUUCAGCGAGGAGAUGAGAUCGCGUGGUAUGCUGAUGGGAAUAAAAUUGUCCGCAGCGAGUAUAAUCCAGCUACAGCGUAUGCAUUUGAUAGGGUUUUUGGACCUUCUACAACUUCUCCAGAGGUUUAUGAUGUAGCUGCUCGACCUGUGGUCAAGGCUGCAAUGGAAGGCAUCAAUGGGACUGUUUUUGCCUAUGGUGUUACAAGCAGUGGGAAGACACACACUAUGCAUGGAGAUCAAAAUUCUCCAGGUAUUAUACCAUUGGCCAUCAAGGAUGUAUUCAGCAUAAUCCAAGAUACUCCAGGAAGAGAAUUCUUACUUCGUGUGUCUUAUCUUGAAAUCUACAAUGAGGUGAUAAAUGACCUCCUAGAUCCAACAGGACAAAAUUUGCGUGUCAGAGAAGAUGCACAGGGCACCUAUGUUGAGGGUAUUAAAGAGGAAGUCGUAUUAUCUCCUGGGCAUGCACUUUCUUUUAUUGCUGCUGGAGAAGAGCAUCGCCAUGUUGGUUCGAAUAAUUUCAACCUUUUAAGUAGCCGAAGUCACACCAUAUUUACCCUGAUGAUUGAAAGUAGUGCCCAUGGCGACGAAUAUGAUGGAGUGAUAUUUUCUCAACUUAAUUUGAUUGAUCUAGCAGGAUCUGAGAGUUCAAAGACUGAAACUACAGGACUAAGGAGAAAAGAAGGAUCUUACAUAAACAAAAGCCUUCUAACUCUUGGAACUGUAAUUGGAAAACUGAGUGAGGGAAAAGCUUCUCAUGUUCCAUAUCGUGACUCCAAACUCACCCGCCUUCUGCAAUCAUCAUUGAGCGGCCAUGGACACGUCUCGCUCAUAUGCACAGUUACUCCUGCAUCUAGUAAUAUGGAGGAGACACACAAUACGUUGAAGUUUGCAAGUAGGGCAAAACGAGUGGAAAUAUAUGCUUCACGAAAUAGGAUUAUUGAUGAGAAGUCAUUGAUUAAGAAGUAUCAAAGAGAAAUUUCAAGCCUCAAACAAGAACUUGAUCAGCUGAGGAAGGGGAUGCUUGUUGGUGUCAGCCAUGAAGAGAUCAUGAACUUGAGACAGAAGUUGGAAGAGGGUCAAGUUAAAAUGCAGUCCAGGUUAGAGGAAGAAGAAGAAGCAAAGGCAGCUCUCAUGAGUAGAAUCCAAAGGCUAACCAAAUUAAUACUUGUUUCAACAAAAAAUACCAUUCCAGGAUGCUUGAGUGAUGUGCCAAAUCAUCAGCGACGACAUUCUGCUAGUGAAGAUGAUAAAUUGGAUGUUUUGCGUGAGGGUUCUCCAUUGCUCGCUGAAUGCGAGAACCAGAAAGACUUGCCAUCUGCUUUGUUAGUGGCAUCAGAUCCUUCUUGUGAUCCCAAACACAGGAGAUCUUCAAGCAAGUGGAAUGAAGAAUUAUCAUCAAUCAGCAGUUCAAUUACAGAAUCUACUCAAGUUGGUGAACUUAUCAGUGGGACUGCUGGUGUUUCAAAAUUGCCAAAGGGUGGGAUGACUUCAGAUGAGAUGGAUCUACUUGUUGAACAAGUUAAGAUGCUAGCUGGAGAGAUUGCAUUCAGCACCAGUACUCUUAAACGCUUGAUGGAACAGUCUGUAAAUGAUCCUGAAGGCUCAAAAUCUCAAAUUCAGAACUUGGAAUCUGAAAUUCAAGAGAAAAGGAGACAAAUGAGGGUCUUAGAGCAACGAGUUAUUGAGAGUGGUGAAGCGUCAAUAUCUAAUGCAUCCUUGGUUGAUAUGCAACAGACAGUUAUGAGAUUGAUGACUCAAUGCAAUGAGAAGGGUUUUGAGCUGGAGAUAAAAUCAGCAGACAAUCGCAUCCUCCAGGAACAGUUACAGGAUAAGUGUGCAGAGAACAAGGAACUGCAAGAGAAAAUACUGCUCCUGCAGCAGCAGCUGGCUUCAGUAUCGAGUGAUAAAUCAUCAUCUGACCAGUGCUUCUCUGAAGAAUAUGUUGAUGAAUUGAAAAAGAAAAUCCAGUCUCAGGAAAUUGAGAAUGAAAAGUUAAAGCUGGAACAUGUUCAACUUAUGGAAGAGAACAGUGGUUUGCGUGUACAGAAUCAAAAGUUAGCAGAAGAAGCUUCAUAUGCAAAGGAAUUGGCAUCUGCUGCUGCUGUUGAGUUGAAAAAUUUGGCAGGAGAAGUUACUAAACUUUCAUUACAGAAUGCAAGACAAGCAAAAGAAUUGUUGGCUGCUCAAGAUAUGGCAUAUUCUAGAGGUGCUGGUAUGCAAACCAGUAAUGGUGCUAUUCGCAAAUAUUCUGAUAGCAAGAUUGAUAGCAUUAAGCCUGGCAGAAAAGGUCGGCUUUCUACUAGAGGCAAUGAAAUGCAUGGUGCAGUUUAUGAUGAUCUUGAAUAUUGGAAUCUUGAUCCAGAAGACGUGAAGAUGGAGCUGCAAGCAAGAAAACAAAGAGAGGCUGCUCUUGAGGCUGCUUUAGCCGAAAAGGAACUUGCAGAAGAGGAAUAUAGAAAGAAGGUUGAUGAGGCAAAGAAAAGAGAGGAAGCUCUGGAAAAUGAUUUAGCAGGAAUGUGGGUGCUUGUUGCAAAGUUGAAGAAAGAGGGGGGAGCCAUCCCGGAGUUGAAUUCCGAUGAGAGGUCUACAAAUGGAGUAGACCUUGUAAAUGAUGUAAAAACACAUGACAGUGAGAACAUAGAUGAGAUACAAGUUUCAGAUGACACGAAAACGGUUCAGGGUGGAGCUGAUCUGGAACCUCUGGUUGUUCAGUUGAAGGCUCGAAUGCAAGAGAUGAAGGAAAAAGAACAUGAUUCCUUUGGGAAUGGGGAUGCAAAUUCUCAUAUGUGUAAAGUAUGCUUUGAAGUACCAACUGCAGCAAUACUUCUGCCAUGCCGACAUUUUUGCUUGUGCAAACCUUGCUCGCUCGCUUGUUCUGAAUGUCCGAUUUGUCGCACAAAGAUUGCAGAUAGGAUCAUUGCUUUCACUUCAUAACAACAUAUACAUGCCCUUUAACUGAAGGUCAUACAAAAGGGGCUCAUCGUAUAGCUGUUUGUCAUUUUUCCAUGUAAUAUGCUGUGAAAUUCUUUUAUUAGUUGGCCUGUAUGUAGCUUUCGGAUAGGUAUAUCCAUAUUAUAUUUCCAUCUUAUCCCUUGAGGGCUGUAAAAUAGGCUGAAAAAAGGGGGAAAAAGAAAGAAAGAAAAGCAAACAAUAGAUUGAGGUAUAAUCUUUAAAGUUACAAACUCUCAGAUUGGCGAUCUGUUCAUUUACACAUUAAUUGUCUUGUACCUCUCUUCUUUUGACUUUUAUUGUUAUGUAUAAAAGGACAAUGAAAGCGUCUAUAAAGAAGUAUUCAUUUCUUUUCUCUCA